AUGCGUCUUCGAGAGCGGGGCGCUCUUCGCCCACCUGUUCGUUUUGCAGAUGACAUUAUUACGAUCCCCCGGUCCGUAACCCGUUCGGUCUCUUCUCCUGGCACAUCGCCGUCCCCUUCCGUGUAUUCCAGAAACGUGUUUCCGAUGAAGACUGAAUGUGGUAUUAAUAACUCCGCUUCUUUCCCUACGUUAGACCAUCCUCUCCCGGAGAGUGAGACGCGGUCUAAAGGAGAAAGGUCAUUAUCAGAGAAGAGAAAAAGAGGACAAGCGGCAGGAAUACAGUUUCCGAGAGGCGGCUGCAGGCCUCCUCUCCCAACUCCACCAGAUAUGACCCCAAUGCAAACACAAUGUCAACCGCGAGAUGAACUAGGAAAUAAAAUGAUGGACUUUGAUGGUGAUGGCAUCGAGCCUGAAGAAGAAAAUGUUCUCGAUAUGUACGAGUUUGAGACGAGUGAUGAGGAAGAAGACAAUAACAUUGUUGAAGAAGGGGAUGGGAAUAAUAUUGUGGAUUACGGAAUUAAUCCCGAUCACUUUCGUAAUGUGGAAUGGAGAGACCUUGGGCCCAUUCUUCAAACCACGAUCAUUGAGAACCUGAGCGAUCGGUACCACUGGGCACAGAUUAUGACGCUACUGAAGCUUUCCCCCCAAGACGAAAGAGAUGCAUUUGAACAUAUCACGGCACGGGUGGGGCAGGUAGAAAGGGAGAAUACGUAUCUCAAAGAGAUGCGAGAUAAGCAGCACAGGGCCCUUCUUCAAAUAGAUAACAGUUCAUUGAAACAAUCGCGCGUUCCAGCUCAGCUUAUAUUCCAGAAUAAUUCAGAACGUUAUCUUCGAGAAUUGACCACAGGCUCACGCCCGGAUUAUUGGAUGAGCACAGCAAAGGAUGUCGUCGCGGCAAGGUGUUAUUUGCGUCGGAUCGGCCUCGACCCCAGUCUUGCGGGUCAAUGGAGUUCUGGUUUUGCUGAAAUCCAGGCGCCAUCAGGUAAUAACCAAUCUGCCGUGGAGGACCUUGUGUGGGUAUUUGAUCCUAAUCACCCGGAUGGGAUUCAGCAGGAUACUGUCUCAGCGAUAGGUGCACAAAGCCCCCCACGAAGCAGCCUUCAGCGCCCUAACCCUGUGUCUCAACCUCCACAUCCAGUGAAUGCUUCAGAACUAACACCGAAUAUUCGCCCAAUUGAGUCUGUAGGGAUACCGAAAGACACUGACUUUAAGGAAACAAGUCCCCCUAAGGAGACAGCAGAAACGAAACCAUAUCGAUUAUGUUCCUCAGGCAAGGACACAGCCAAUGACAUCCUUUAUAAAAACGAAACACCUUAUAAUACACCCUUUAGCCCUCGAAGUUAUGCUGCAUCAGAAGCAAACUCUGAAGAUACGAUCUUUCGCGUAAGUAUCGGUCCAGAAGGCGCUGCGAGGGUUGAUAGCUUUUUUGAAAUUCCUGUGGAGUUACAACUAUUCCCAUCCAGUCCGCCAUUGCCUUUCGUUAGCUCUGUCUCAACUCCCCAGAGGCAAUCUUUUGACCCCAUUCCAUCCGAUUCAUUUUCAGAGGCAUCGGCAGUAUUGAACUUGAAGGAAAAUGUAAAGCCAACCUCAACACCGACAAAAGGGAAGCAGAAGCACAAAAAGCCAUUGGAGAGAGCACUGUCUGGCUCAUGGUGGUACGAUCUUCUAGCUUCCAGUUCCGUUCCCUUGACUGCAGAAUCCAGUGCUCGAAAGAACCUACAGGAUAUAUUGCUACCUGUCAGGGCAGAAAGUGAAAUUCGCCAUUUAUCCCGGCCAAAUACCCAUAAUCAAGCGUCAACAAAACCCCAAGCCAUGCAGCUCCCUAUCCGUACCUCACCACUAAAGCAGGCAGGUAAUACUAGUUUCUACAACAUUAGUGACAUACCAACAACACCUCGAGAAGUAGGCUCCGAUCAACUUUCAGCCAUGCUGGAUUCUCCCGACACAAAUGGUGAAUAUAGCGAAGAAGAACAAGGCCAAGCGUCAAAUACACUCAUUUUGGAAGGGAAGAAUGAGUCUAAGAAGGACCCACCAGAUUCGCCGGUAUCACUUCCACAAGCCCCUAUUGAGCUCCUGAACUCUAGACAAGACCAUGCUGCCAGUAACGAUGACAUAAUUAUGACAGACGAACUGGUACAGAUGCUUUUAGAAGCUUCUGCUGUGGUAACAGAAGAGGAAAACAUCAGUGCAGAGAGAAAAUCCGAAGUCUUAAUCUCCGAAACGGAGGUCAACACAACCUCGUCUGUGCUCCAAAAUGCAGAGUUCAAGCGUGAGGCUACAGCCAAACAACCCGUGUUUCAACCAUCGCAAAUGUAUUUCAAUGGAACAGCACAGAACACCGAAAUUGGUGGGCGAGGUGAUGAUACCCCAGACUUCGACAAUCUCAGCUAUGAAAAACUACCUGCCAGUGACUCGGAACAGCCUGGAGUGCAGAGCGAGCCAACCUUGCCAGAGUCGUUAAAAAUAUGCAAGACCAGAAAGCGACAGGGGAAGAGGUCUCCUACAGAGACUCAGAAAAGAAAAAGCUCAAGGCUAAACCCGCCUGGAACGAGAGCCCUGCGCCCACCCAGGUCAAAUGUCCAGUACAAAUUUUGA